GCUCCAUCUUCCCCACCUCCAACACUCGCUGGAAUUCCGUCAGAAUCUUCGCCAUACCAUGCCUCAUCACGAUUCCGGCGCCCGAUCUUGCAGAAUGUAGCCACCUCUUCGUUUCCCUACUUUCGCUUUAGGUCACUGCUUUCGGCAGAAAAGAAUGGAUUCUACAUCUGGGAGUGGCAGUAGGGAUGAGGCCAUUUCUGUUGAUAUGAAUGUUGAUCUUGCUACAACGGAAUCAGCUAGUGGAGGUGGAGAGGUUGAUGCAGGGAAGGUGGCUUCGAUAAUCAGGCAAUUGGAAGCUAGACUGGCAGUAGGUCAAGUAGUGGCCGAUAUCGAUGAGGCGUAUUCGUUGUACACAACGUAUGCAUUGGCUAAAGGCUUUAGUGUCAGGAAGUCGAAAAAUCGGUACUUUGAGAAGACUCAAGAAGUCCGGUUGAAGAUGUUUCUAUGUAAUAAAGAAGGGGAGAAGAUUAGUAAACCUAAAAAGGCAAGCCGCGCUAAAUUAGAGACGAAAACGGGGUGUAAAGCGAAGCUGGAGAUUUCGCGUGAGAGGAAUAGUGUGUGGAAGGUUAGGCAGUUCCACACUGAGCACAACCAUGAAUUGGCGCUUCCUGAUGAGGCUCAGUUGUUGAAAUCUGCACGUGAGAUGACGGUGGGUGUGGUUGGGGUGUUGGAGAAAAUGUUCAGUUUUGGAAAAAGCCCAUCAGAUGCUUUGAAUGACGUUGCAGGGGAAGAUGAUAAGACCUUAAAUUUUAAGGAUGCUAACAGCCUGAUUAAUGUUAUCAAAAGUGCGAAGAUCAAUACUGUGGAUUGUCGGGAAUUGUUCCAAUAUUUUCAGAGUAGGGUUAGUUCGAAUGACGGGUUUUUUUGGGAUGGAGAAUUUAAUGAACUAGGGUUAAUGAAAAAUAUCUUUUGGAGGGACAGCAGAUGUGGCAUUGAUUACGACUGUUUUGGUGACGUUGUUUCCUUUGAUGCCACCUAUAGAAUCGAAAAAGAUGAUUUGAUUUGCGCGCCAUUUGUUGGGAUCAACCAUCACGGACACAACGUAAUGUUUGGGUGUGCAUUUCUGUCCGACGAAACAGUUCAGACAUUUGAAUGGUUGUUUGGAACUUUCUUGAGAGCAAUGGAUAACAAGCACCCACAAACAUUGUUUACGAAUCCAUGCAAGGUAAUGAUGACUGCCAUUCAGAAUGUGUUUCCAAAUACAUGCCAUCGAUUUUGCCAAUGGCAUAUCAUGAAGGAUGCAACAUGUCAGCUUGAAAGCCUUAUUGACAAUGCCGAAUUUAGAAGCUUGUUUGAGAAAUGCAUGGAUGGCUGUGACUCCGAAGUGGAUUUUGACGGGACGUGGAAUGGAAUGAUAAACAACUAUGAUUGCCGUGACAACAAAUGGUUGAAUGAUAUGUACAACCUUCGUCAGAAAUGGUCUACAUUAUACUAUGGGGAUGAGUUUAAUGCUGGAUUUAGGACUACCUGUAGAAGCGAACAUGGAAAUCAUGUGUUGGAAGAAAUUAGUAAUGAGGUCUCAUCUUUGUAUGAAUUUGUGAUCACCUUUGAGGAGCUUGUGGGACGGUGGCGCAGAAAGGAAAGGAUCGAAGAUUUUAAUUGCAAACAAGGGAAGCUGACACGUGGCCUGAAACACAGCCCUCUACUGAAUCAUGCUGCGAGUGUUUACACAAAUGCAGUCUACGAGAAAUUCGAACUAGAGCUGAUGAGUGGUACCAUGGCAAAUUCAAGAGUUAGUAAAGGUACUUAUGGGGCCACAUCAUGGAUGUACGAAGUAAUUUCUCAUGAGACAGAUCAAAUUAGGACUUUGGUUUUUGAUACAGCUACCUUGGAAAUUAAGUGCAGCUGUAAAAAAUUUGAGUCAAUGGGCAUCCUUUGUUUGCAUGCACUAUUAGUAUUGACAACUGAAAAUGUGCACAAAAUUCCUGAGAGAUAUAUUCUCAGUCGUUGGACAACAAAUGUGAAGAGUAGGAUAGAAAAUGGCGACACAAGGAAUGUAAAUGAUCCCGACAUGGCCGAUCCCAAUCAGUUUCUCAGAUUUACUCAUGACUUAAUCAUGAGAAGUAAGCAACACUUGGAGACAAGGGAAAUUCUCAUCAGAUGCUUAGAGGAUGCAGCUUCAAAAAUAGACAACUUCUUCCUUAGGCUGAACUCAGAAACAAAAUCGUCUAAACGGACAGGAAUGACUAAUGUAUCAAACAUCAUGGAAGCUAUAAAUAGUGAGACGGGUGGUUUUGAUGUUCCUAUCGAGCCAAAUAGAGUUUCUAAUGCAGUGCUAAGCCUUUGUGAGAUAAGCAACAAGAAAAAGCUGCAACCAGCUGCUGAAUCUUCAAGGAAAUCGAAGAGGGCUGCUACAGAUAAAUUUCAGACUUUGCCGCAGCAAAUGUCACUUAUGAGCCGAGCUUGUGAACCAACUGCAUUCCCUUCAGAAACAGCUCAACUGUUGUUUCAUCCAAUUCACUCGGAAAUGAACCCUGCUGCGUCACAAAUGUUUUAUGCAUUGCCUACUGGGAAUAUUGGCAUGCAUGCCCAGGGGUCGUCGCGGGAUCCUUGAAAAACCAUGACUCCUACUUUGUACCUGCUCUUGAUUUUGAGGUGUUGAGAGAUGCAUUUUUUUGGGUCAAGCCGAGGAAUGUUUGGAUACUUCAAAAAACUACAUUCGAGAAACUCACUGUAAAUUUUAUGCCUUCAUGAGCAAGAUGUCAUUAAUUCAUACUUGCUGCUUCUAAUCUGCUAUUGGCCAAAUUGUUUCUAUUUCAAAUAUGGGGCUCGACUUAUCUGCCUUUACAUUAUGGCCGUUGCUGGUUGUUCGAUCAUGGCUCUGUAUACAGUGUAAUUAAAGUUGUUUUAACCUUGUUCGCCGUGUA